AUGGCAGUGGCUGGAAAGAACUUGAAGAAACGUAAUCUGAAUUCCGCGGGUCAAAAAACGGCGAAAAAAGCUCGAAUUUCCGUAGAACAAUCGGAAGAUGAACUCAGUGGAUCUUCGUCAGCGUCGGAAGGUGAAGAUCUCGAGCAAGCGCUGUCGGGAAGCGAUUCUGAGCAGGACGAACUAGAUCUUUCGUCUGAUCAGGACGAGCUGGAUCAAUCGGGUGAUGACGAAAGCCAGGACAGCGUAGAUGGCAGUGAUGGUGAGCAAGAAGAGGGCAAGAAGGGUAAGGAAUCCGGAGAAGGCGGGCAACACACGGAGCAGAGAAAAUUGCUCAAGGAACGAAAGAUGCAGCGUAAAUCUGGUGCGGAAGUGCAACAGAUUAAGUCACUGUGGGAAAGACUUCGGGUGAAAAGUCCACCUAUGCCCAAACCUGUUCGUGAAAAACUGUGUAACGAAGUUUGGGAGCUGUCGAAGGAUUGCAUUAGUGAUUUGGUUCUAAAGCACGAUGCGUCGCGUGUGGUGCAAACAUUGGUGAAGUAUUCUUCGAAAGAACGUCGUGAGCAGAUUGUAGAAGCCUUGAAGGGCAAAUUCUAUUUGCUGGCCACGUCUUCUUACGGCAAAUAUCUGCUUGUCAAGCUAUUGCACUAUGGAUCGCGAACAUCCAGGCAGGCUAUUAUCGACGAGCUUCACGGCAGACUUCGGAAACUAAUGAGACACAAAGAAGGUGCGUAUGUGGUCGAAGAUCUGUACGUGCUUUACGCGACUCAGGAACAGAGAAAACAGAUGAUCAAAGAGUUUUGGGGUGCUGAGUAUGCUGUCUUCAAAGAUACUCAUAAGGAUGUAGAUAUCGAGCAAGCGUGUGCAGUGAGCGUGGAGAAGAGAAACAUAAUUGCGCGCAACCUUGUGGGCACGAUAACGGCGUCUGUAGAAAAAGGUUCAGCCGGCUUUCAGAUCUUGCACGCGGCCAUGAAGGAGUACGUGACCAUUGCAAACGAGAAGGAAACUUCAGAAUUUAUCGAGUUGCUCGAGGAUCACUACGCGGAACUGGUACAUACUCCAGAGGGUGCAGAGGUCGCUUGCACGCUUACUGCGAAAGCAAACGCCAAGCAAAGAAAAGUGAUCGUCAAGGAUCUGAAGGACCAUACUGAUAAUUUGAUCAAGAAUGAAUAUGGUAACGCCGUGUUUAUCACCGCUUUGAACUGCGUCGACGAUACGGUGCUGAUGUUCAAAGCGUUCGCACCAGCCGCCAAGGAAAAUCUUGCGGAAUACGCCGUGCACAAGUACGCCAGAAGACCUUUCCUCUACAUUUUGCUCGGCUUAGACGGCAAAUAUUUCUCUCCCCUAGUCCAAAAGGACCUAAACAGAUACAGCCGGAUGGCCGAAGCCACUUCCAAAAAACCAGCUCUGCAGAGGAGACACGAACUCUUGAAAAGGUUUGCUCCCGUGUACCUAGAGACCAUCUCCGAGCAUUUAUCGACCAUAUUGGAUGAAAACUUAGGAAGCCAAUUUGUCGCAGAAGUGUUAUCGAGCGAUGAACUUUAUGAACAAUUAUCGAAAGACGAUGUCCAGAAAUACCAAGAGAUUGUUUCGCAGAUUAUUGCAUUUUACAAAGGUGACAUAUCUGAAAAGGCCCAUCCGAUCAACACACCAUUCUCGGCGAGACUGCUCAAAUCUUUGAUUCAAGGAGGGAAAUGGGAUUCUAAGGCCAGAGAAUUCAUACCUCUUUCAAAAGUGGAGGGCCUUGGACAAGAUUUCGCACAGAGAUUCUACGAUGACAUUAUUGACUCUAGUAAUCUACUCGAGUGGAUAAACAAUAAAAACAGUUCGUUCACGGUCGUGGCUCUUUACGAAGUACUCUCCAAGGACUCAAAAUCUGGGUUUUCUAAAGACCUAAAGAAAAUCGCCUCCAAAAUUACCGACGAUGAGCAAAACAAAGGCGCUCGUUUACUGGUUAAAUUACUAAAUUCAAAGCAUUGA